UUUCUCCCCUGCACUGCCUGACUCAUUGCGGCCGUUUUGACGUGCGUGACGUCGCUUCCUUCCAACAUGGCGCAGGAAGGUUGCUAAUGGAAAAGCGAAGGGUUUCCGUGUAAAUUCAUCCCACCUUCAAUAUUUAUUUAUUUAUGUUUUUAUUUUUGGCCCAGAACGGCUGCGCGAUUUCAAAGGAGCGCUAGAUUGAAGACGAAUCCUGCCCCCCUGCUGGAUUGGUACUCCCCGCCCAAGCCCAGUCCAGCGCGUCAUGUAUGAAGGGAAAAAGACGAAAAAUAUGUUUUUAACCCGGGCUCUGGAGAAGAUUUUAGCCGACAAGGAGGUGAAGAAGGCUCACCACUGUCAGCUGCGCAAAGCAUGCGAGGUGGCAUUAGAGGAAAUUAAAGCAGAAACAGAAACUUUAAGUCCUCCCCCUGGAGAUUCCAAGUCUAGCUCGGGCACUCUGCCGCCACUCAAAUCAAAGGCAACUUUUAUUGAAGCAGACAAGUACUUCUUGCCUUUUGAGUUAGCAUGUCAGUCCAAAUGCCCCCGGAUUGUCAGUACAUCUCUAGACUGUUUACAGAAACUAAUUGCUUAUGGACAUCUCACUGGAAGCGCCCCAGAUAGCACAGCACCUGGAAAGAAAUUAAUUGACAGAAUAAUCGAGACCAUAUGUGGCUGUUUUCAAGGUCCGCAGACCGAUGAAGGUGUUCAGCUGCAGAUUAUAAAGGCUUUGCUUACAGCAGUAACUUCUCAGCAGAUAGAAAUUCAUGAGGGAACAGUUUUGCAGGCUGUAAGAACAUGCUACAAUAUCUACUUGGCCAGCAAGAAUCUUAUCAAUCAAACAACAGCCAAGGCUACUCUUACCCAGAUGCUGAAUGUCAUUUUUGCACGAAUGGAAAACCAGGCACUCCAAGAGGCCAAGCAAAUGGAGAAGGAGAGACACAGGCAACAUCAUCUGCAGCAGUCCCCGGUUAGCCAGCAUGAGCCCGACUCCCCGCAGCUCAGAAGGCUGAAGGAGCAGCCAGUGAAGCAGCUACCUCAGGAACCUGCAGGAGAGCCAGAGCACCCCGCUAAUGAGGCAGAGAAGAGCGUCCACGAAGACACCGAGCCAGAAAAUGGAUCUGAGUUCUGCAGUGCAGAAAAUGAGCAAACCGAGGCUGAUCAGGCUACAGCAGCAGCAGCAGAGGGUUUGUCUAAACAGGAUGGAGGCGACAUUGAUGGGAGCGACACUCCAAAUUAUGAAGAAAAGGCACAAGAAAUUGUACAGAGGAUCCUGCAGGAAGUAGUAAAAACUGUUGUAGGAGAUUCUGGAGAAAGUCCUGGUGGGAACGGAAUUGUGGAGAGCACCACUGGAACGCUGGAGGAUGAAACUGGAUUAGGCAAUGACAAUGAGAAUGUCCAUGCAAAUGGAAUCCCUGGAACUCCAAUCUCGGCAAGCUACACUCCGUCCCUUCCCGAUGACAGACUGUCUGUUUCUUCAAAUGACACUCAGGAAUCUGGAGUUACAACAGGACCGUCUACUGGUGCUAAAUUCUCCCACAUUCUACAGAAAGAUGCCUUUUUAGUCUUUAGGUCCCUGUGCAAACUUUCUAUGAAACCGCUCUCGGACGGACCUCCAGAUCCAAAGUCUCAUGAACUACGAUCAAAGGUUCUCUCUCUACAGCUGCUUCUAUCAAUCCUGCAAAAUGCAGGACCCAUCUUCAGGACAAACGAGAUGUUUAUUAACGCUAUAAAACAGUACCUGUGUGUUGCAUUAUCAAAAAACGGCGUUUCAUCCGUUCCAGAGGUCUUUGAGCUUUCUCUCUCAAUUUUCCUCACUUUGCUUUCAAACUUCAAGACACAUCUCAAGAUGCAAAUUGAGGUGUUCUUCAAAGAAAUCUUCCUCUACAUUCUGGAGACAUCCACUAGCUCUUUUGACCAUAAAUGGAUGGUUAUUCAGACCCUGACCCGGAUAUGUGCAGAUGCCCAGGGUGUGGUGGAUAUUUAUGUAAACUAUGAUUGUGACUUGAAUGCUGCUAAUAUAUUUGAAAGGCUAGUGAAUGACUUAUCAAAAAUUGCCCAGGGGCGAGCAGGACAUGAGCUGGGUAUGACUCCUGUUCAGGAACUGAGCCUCAGAAAGAAGGGAUUGGAGUGCCUGGUUUCAAUCCUGAAAUGCAUGGUAGAAUGGAGUAAAGAUCAGUAUGUCAACCCUAACUCCCAAACUAGCCUUGGCCAGGAAAAGUCUUCAGAACAGGAGACCAAUGAAACCAAACACCCUGAAACCAUAAACCGAUACGGAAGCAUAAAUUCCUUAGACUCCACAGCAUCCUCGGGAAUAGGCAGUUACAGCACACAGAUGUCUGGGACUGACAACCCAGAGCAGUUUGAGGUGCUAAAGCAACAGAAAGAAAUAAUAGAGCAAGGCAUUGAUCUAUUCAAUAAGAAACCAAAGAGAGGAAUCCAGUACCUCCAAGAACAAGGCAUGCUUGGCACCACAGCUGAAGAUAUCGCCCAGUUCCUACAUCAGGAGGAAAGACUAGACUCAACUCAGGUAGGCGAGUUCCUCGGUGACAAUGAUCGGUUCAGUAAAGAGGUGAUGUACGCUUACGUGGACCAGAUGGACUUUCAAGGAAAAGAUUUUGUCUGUGCACUCCGCAUGUUCUUAGAGGGAUUUCGUCUUCCAGGAGAAGCUCAAAAGAUUGACCGGCUAAUGGAGAAAUUUGCUGCAAGAUAUUUGGAAUGCAAUCAAGGGCAAACUCUGUUUGCAAGUGCAGACACAGCAUACGUCCUUGCCUACUCAAUCAUUAUGCUGACAACAGACCUUCAUAGUCCACAGGUAAAGAAUAAAAUGACAAAAGAGCAAUACAUAAAGAUGAAUAGAGGGAUUAAUGACAGCAAAGAUUUACCUGAGGAAUAUCUUUCAGCUAUAUACAAUGAAAUUGCAGGAAAGAAGAUAUCUAUGAAAGAAACAAAAGAAAUAACAAUUAAAUCAAAUAAGCAAAGUGUGGCCAGUGCGAAGCAGAGAAGGAUUCUGUAUAACCUUGAGAUGGAUCAGAUGGCUAAGACAGCAAAGGCCCUCAUGGAAGCUGUGAGCCAUGUACAGGCCCCGUUCACGAGUGCAACCCACCUGGAGCAUGUCAGACCAAUGUUUAAGCUGGCAUGGACACCCUUUUUAGCAGCAUUCAGUGUUGGGUUGCAAGACUGCGAUGAUACAGAAGUGGCUUCUUUGUGCCUUGAGGGCAUACGGUGUGCGAUUAGGAUAACUUGUAUCUUUACUAUUCAGCUUGAGAGAGAUGCAUACGUCCAGGCUCUAGCAAGAUUUACCUUACUGACAGCAAGCUCUGGCAUUACGGAAAUGAAGCAGAAGAACAUUGACACAAUCAAAACCCUCAUCACUGUGGCACACACAGAUGGGAAUUAUUUGGGGACCUCCUGGCAUGAGAUCCUGAAGUGCAUCAGCCAGCUGGAGUUGGCUCAGUUGAUAGGCACUGGAGUGAAGCCCCGCUAUAUCUCAGGGACAGUGCGAAGUAAAGAGGGAACCAUUACUGGCACUAAGGAACAGACAUCAGAUGAGUAUGUCGGUCUGGGGCUAGUCGGAGGGAAUGUGGAUCGCAAGCAGAUAGCUAGCAUUCAGGAAUCUAUUGGAGAGACCAGCUCACAAAGUGUAGUUGUAGCUGUCGACAGGAUAUUCACAGGAUCUACCAGACUAGAUGGCAAUGCAAUUGUUGAUUUUGUACGUUGGCUGUGUGCUGUAUCUAUGGAUGAACUAGCCUCCCCUACACACCCGCGCAUGUUUAGCCUACAAAAGAUAGUCGAGAUCUCAUAUUACAACAUGGGUCGAAUCAGGCUUCAGUGGUCGAGAAUCUGGGAAGUUAUUGGAGAUCAUUUUAAUAAGGUUGGCUGCAGUCCGAAUGAGGAUGUUGCAAUCUUUGCAGUAGACUCCUUGAGGCAGCUGUCCAUGAAAUUUUUGGAAAAGGGAGAACUUGCUAAUUUCAGAUUCCAGAAGGAUUUUUUGAGACCUUUUGAACAUAUUAUGAAAAAGAACAGGUCUCCAACCAUUAGAGACAUGGUUGUCCGAUGUAUAGCCCAGAUGGUUAACUCACAGGCUGGGAAUAUCCGUUCAGGCUGGAAGAAUAUCUUCUCUGUCUUUCACCUGGCUGCUUCAGAUCAGGAUGAGAGCAUAGUAGAGCUGGCAUUUCAGACUUCAGGGCAUAUUGUCACAAAUGUAUUUGAAAAGCAUUUUCCAGCCACCAUAGACUCCUUCCAGGAUGCUGUAAAAUGUCUGUCGGAGUUUGCCUGUAAUGCAUCCUUCCCAGACACCAGUAUGGAAGCUAUCCGUCUCAUUCGCCACUGUGCAAAAUAUGUUUCUGAUCGGCCACAGGCAUUCAAAGAUUACACCAGUGAUGAUAUGAAUGUGGCCCCUGAGGACAGAGUGUGGGUGAGAGGGUGGUUUCCCAUUCUGUUUGAGCUUUCCUGUAUUAUCAAUAGAUGCAAGCUAGAUGUAAGAACCAGAGGACUGACUGUAAUGUUUGAAAUAAUGAAGACUUACGGUCACACCUACGAAAAACAUUGGUGGCAAGAUCUGUUUAGAAUUGUCUUCAGGAUCUUUGAUAACAUGAAGCUUCCAGAGCAGCAGACUGAGAAAGCUGAGUGGAUGACAACAACCUGUAACCAUGCACUUUAUGCCAUCUGUGACGUGUUCACUCAGUAUUUCGAGGCACUGAACAAUGUUCUCUUAGAUGAAAUCUUCUCCCAGUUGUACUGGUGUGUACAGCAAGACAAUGAGCAGCUUGCUAGAUCUGGAACAAACUGUCUGGAGAAUGUUGUCAUUUUAAAUGGAGAAAAGUUCACGUUGGAAAUCUGGGACAAGACAUGCAACUGUAUGCUGGACAUCUUUAAAACGACAAUUCCCCAUGCGUUGCUGUCAUGGAGACCUGCAGGAACAGAGAGUGAGCCUGUUUUACAGGCAGAUGUUCCAGACAAACAGCUGGAUUCCUUAUCACAGAAAUCAGUUGACUUGCAUGUUCGUUCUGAGGAUCAGCAGUCUAUAAGCAGCGUUGAGAAGAUUUCCUUAGAGAAUCGACGACCAAGCCAGUUCAGUGUGGGGUCUGGGGUUUAUGAGGAGACAAGCAAAAGCAGAACCCCUUCAAAAGUUCAGGAACAGAAGUUGUUCGCUGCAUUGCUUAUUAAAUGCGUAGUCCAGCUUGAGCUAAUUCACACCAUCGACAACAUCGUAUUCUUUCCAGCAACAAGUAAGAAGGAAGAUGCUGAAAACUUGGCAGCUGCUCAGCGAGAUACUGUAGAUGCCGAAGUUCACAUUGAAACCCAAGAUCAGGGAAUGUAUCACUAUCUCACUUCUCACCAGCUCUUUAAACUGCUGGACUGCCUGCUGGAAUCACACCGAUUCGCCAAGGUGUUCAAUUCCAGCAAUGAGCAGAGAACUGCACUCUGGAAAGCAGGUUUUAAAGGGAAAUCGAAGCCCAACCUGUUGAAACAAGAGACCAGCAGCUUGGCAUGUGUCCUGCGCAUUCUUUUCCGCAUGUAUACAGACAACAACCGCAGCGAUGCCUGGGAGGAGGUGCAGCAGCGGCUGCUCAAUGUGUGCAGUGAGGCCAUCAGUUAUUUCCUGACGCUGACAUCUGAAAGCCACAGGGAGGCUUGGACAAGCCUGCUCCUUCUGUUUCUCACAAAAGUUUUAAAAAUAAGUGAUGACAGGUUCAAGGCUCAUGCUUCAAAAUACUACCCCCUCCUGUGUGAAAUUAUGCAGUUCGACCUGAUUCCUGAGCUGCGGGCUGUUCUCCGCAAGUUCUACCUACGUAUUGGGAUUGUCUUUAAAAUAUCACAUUCUUCUGAACAGGAGCAAGGCAAGGGCAAGGAGUAAGGGGAAACACUGAACACUCACUGGAAGCAUUAACUCUCAAGGUCUAGUUUGUGUUUAUCUAAAUUUCUGGGUUGCUCUGAAAUGGUUUUGUGUAUGGCAAAUUCGAUCCUGCUAAAGGGUCCUGUAGUAUGGCUGCUUUGAACUUUAAUACUGGCUUGCAGUCCUCAAUUCCCUUGCAACUUUCAGGGUGAUUAAUGGCACUGAAAGCUCUUCUCUGGUUCAUGCUGAGCAUGGAGCCUGUCAUAAGCAAGGUCAACGGAUCAAUGCAGUGUGGCUGGGAUAAUGACCAACCAUUGUACAACUGGAUAAAUAUUCUAAAGAAUAAAAUAUUUAAAGAAUACUCAUUUCUAACCUUCUGAAUGUUCAGAACUAGUAUUUUGAAGGACAUGUGUUUCUCUCUAAUCUUACAUGCGUCUAAAGGACGAAAUGAAGAAAUAUUUCAGAUGAUCAAUAAUAAUCAAAAAUGAAUGGUAAUAUUAGUUUGAGUGACUUCAUUUUUUUUUUUUUUUUUUUUUUUUUUUUUUUCCACAGACAAUGGCUAAAAUAACCAUAAGCAGUUGUUGCAUAAAAGUAGUUGUACAGAAAUGCAGGUCUGUAAGAUACAACCGGUAACACUAGAAAGCUGUUCCUGCAACGAUGUUAUUUCUAUAUUUUAUGUUCUCUAAUUUGCUGCACUUCUAGAUUUUAUUUACUUAUGCACUGGGUAUUUUACAUUUUGUGAACAUUUUAAUUUCCCAUUAUGAUUGCUAAGGCAGGUAGCCCAAUGGGAUUUGGGAUAAGUGAUCAUUUGUAAAAGAUGUAAAAGGUAUGAGACUAAAUUUGAACAAUUCCACAUAAAAUGAUAUGUAGAGGCUUUUAUUUAAAUGGAAAAAUGAGCCAUUGAUGGGGAUCCUCUUUAAACUAGAAAUUUAAAUCACUGCAAACUAAUUUGAAGUGUGCCUGAAUUGUCACAAAUCUGUUUCCAUAUUUGAUGUAGGUUUCACUGUAAUGUGUACAAAAUUUUAAUGUUGAAUAUAUGAAAACUGUUUUUUGGCUUGGGGUUGAUUUAAUGUAUUGAAAAUAUAUUAUUAAUACUGUGAACUGUUUUGGUGGCAUAAUACGGAUAUGAAUGGGUCUGAAGCAUUCCUAGUCACGGCAGACGUAGAAAACUGAUGAACGAAAUGUAUAUGGUACAGCAAUGUAAAGUUUUCUAUGUAAAAAAAAAAAUAAAAUAAUAAUCUGUACAACUUUCUGUACAAUAUUGGUUAUCAUCUGGCACAUUCUAAUCAGGUCACAGGUCAAUAAAGUUUUUGAACUCUGUUUAUCAGUGCAAUUCCAGUCAAGUCUACUUUCACAUGUAUUUAUAGAUCUUUUAAGUGGACUUUUUUUUUUUUUAACACACACAAAAAAGCAAGUUGCUUACAUAGGAAAUUUGGCAGUCUUGUUUCCAGUGGGAUUUUACAGGAUGGGAAUGACUCGCUAAUUGGUCACCUGGUGAUUCCAACUCCUUUGCUGUAACCAGAAGACUACACUGACCCUUCUCCCCAUAGUUUUCACAACCAAGGAUUGUCAAAACUAUGGGGGUGUUGAAUGUAGAAUAGGUUUUAGUUGAUAUUUCACACAUUACAGUUUAAUGAGCAAUGGUUUUCGAGCUGCCCCAAUCAAGCCAUCAGAGCACAAUUUCUGGGUUCAGACAUUUACAUUUAAGGGAUAGUAUUUUUGUCUGUAUUGUAGUUUAAUUCAAUGAAGACAUGGUAUAAAUGUUAGGUGCAUUACUUUUUAAUGGUCAGUAUAGUUCGAGGGGUUAUAAUGACCGAUUUAGAUUAUUAUCUAGUAAUUGUACCUGAAGGAAACCUGUUCAAUAUGAAUCAUUUGGUUCAGUUAAUCUUAUCUUCCAGUAAGGAUCUGAUAAAGAUGGUGAUGUUCCACUGUUUCUAAGAUUUUUUUUUUAAAACACUUUAGAGCAGUAAAGAAUGAGCACUUUGCCCUUUAAAGUCCCAUUUGAGCUUAUUAAGAUUAAAUUAUGUUACAUCAAUUAGUUGCAAAUAAAAUAAUUUGAAUUUAUUUUUGUACUCUUUUUAUCCAUUUGCAUGAACUGACUGUAGGUCUCUAGAAUCCUCUACCCACCCUGCCCCACCCCAGGGAAUCUAGAAGGCAGGAAGGUCUUCAAACUAACUUCUUUAAUCUGCUGUAGCAUCCCUCGCAUAAAUCUGCCCACUGUUCAGCCCUAGUUACAUGUAUUAAGAAGUAAUUUAUGUCUGCAAACUAGGACUCCUAGGUUUACGCAAAAAAACAAAAUGCAAGGGGAUACCAAAAAUCUAAAGUACUAUACAUGGGAUUGCUCAGAUGCCUGUGAAAACAAUGCAACAGUAUCAACUACCUUUUAAAAGUCAGGACAAUCCAAUUACUUUAUACGUAAAUGGUGAGGGCACACCUGGUUUCUAACAAACGAUUGUGUGAAUUGAAAAGAUUCGAUCAGCAUAAAUGAAAAUGUUAAUGGAGGGUUAGGGCAAUUUAAUGUUGUUUGUUGUACUUGAAGUGAACCAAAACAUGGCAACCUGCACUGCACCUGAUUUUUUCAUGACGAAAUCAAUCAAAAUGAGGUGUAUAGAUAGAUAGAUAGAUGGAUGGAUGGGCUUACAGGUAAAUAAUUCUAUCAAGGGUUUCUGUGACAUUAUAAAUUAUGAGACUAGGCUGAGUAAUUUAUAAACUCAUAAGAACAUAAGAACA